AUGCAAGGGAAAAUAAAAGAUUUCUUCCGGAGCCGUGUCCAAUUUGGCUCUUCACCAUCAAAGCCUCACGCGGAGCCACAGGGGUCAGGAGGUGGACGAGCAUCGUCGCCUUUGUCGGAUCCACUGCGAUCUUCGAUCACAAUAGACCUUACAGCAGACGAAAAUGGCCAGAACGGACAAGAACUACCUGUGCCGGAAGCGCCACCAGGGCCUGCCUCAAGGACGUCCAGUCCAGAUGAGGAGCAAUCUCCCACACCAGAUCAGAGCUUUGUGAGCUUUGGGUCUGCUCCUCCCUCCUCGUCGCUGAAUGGGCAGUUGUCUCUGUCGCAACGGAUCUUGAAAGAUGGUAAAGAAGUUGUCAUCAGUUCCGAUGGCGAAGACACUGACUCCGUCUCUUCGCUCGAGGAUCCAGACGUGCUUUUCUCUACCAAGAGCAAGUCUUUCGAUUCCGCGCCGCCCACAGCGCCGCGGAACUACCAGCCCGAUACGGCCCUGCUCGCUCAACUAGCGAAGCCCAGGAAGUAUCGGAACACCAUCGACUCUCUAGUUCAUGAUGCAGUGGACGAUGAUGAGAUUGAAGCCAAUGUAGCUAAAGCCAAGGCGAACUACGCCAAGCUACAGGCCAACGCACAGACCGGCGUUGAUGGUUCCAGAAAGUCCCUGAACGAGGGCAUGCUGGUUUCCGCUCUUGGUGGGGAGUCCGACGAAGGACCAAACCUUCAACGGCUCAUGGACGCCGUACGAAGGACUGAGGCCCUAGAACAGCAACGAGCGUGGUGCUUCUUGGACCAACGUCAUGUCACUCCUGGCAUUCCCAACUUCCCCAUCGACUGUUUCCCACCAGGAUCCCCGCUGGCUGGAUUAAGAGAUCCCGACUCGAGAAGACGGAUCGUUCAAUCCGGUGUGCUAGAAUACGCCGCAUCAUUGCAGCGAUUACCAGAAGAAUUUCUCCUCUGGCUUUUCCAGGCCAUUCCUCUUGAGCCGCGCGAGGAGACGAGACAGACAUUUUGCCGAAUUUUGACUCAAACUCCAAAAGAAAGGAUGAAGUCUCUAGCUGGACGGGACGCCAUUGAUGAGUUAUUUCGUCAAUUAGGAGCUCAACCGCGGGCAUUGAAACUUGGUGAUGAAAUUGUCGCUGAUCCUCUGCACACUCCGACAGCCAAGCCAACUGCUGAUCAACGUUCGGGUCUGGUAUCCAUUCUGAGAUUACUUCGAGGAUUUGCCGCCGCAGAGCAGCUUGACGAAGAAACGCAAGCCGACACGGUGCUCCUUCUACUUCGAGUAUCGAUCGACACUUCCCUGACUUCCGACUCUGCGCUGCGCUCAGAACUACAGGCAACAUUGACCUCCCUUCUUGAAUUUGGACCCAAGGAGAGGCUUGAACAUCGAAUUUGCAGCCUACUCUACGAGACUGUGCGAGAGCCACAGUUCCAAAGCCGGCUCUUGCAACACAUUCUUCCCACGUCCACCUGGGUGUCUUUGCUGCGAUACCGGCUUGCCGUGGCUUUCCUGCUACGGGAUUCGGGUCCUUUAACCGAGCCCCCCGAGCUUGUUCUCGACCUGCAGAGAAUAACCGAGCUUUUGACCCGAGACGAGCGAUUCCGAAUUAGGCGACAUAAGGACUGGGCGGAUUUUGAUUACGGCGAUUUGAUUUCCAUGACUUUGCAGCUUGAGAUUUGUCUGAAUUCUGCUCUCGCUGAUCUGGCAUCCGCACAAGGUGAUGCCAGAUCAAAGUUUGAUGUUAUCAUUGAUCAGCUUGCGACUCAGAUCAAAAAAAUAUUCAGCUCUAUCGAGGACACGGGAGCUUCACAUCUGCAGCGCAUGCUUGCGAAGCAGGGGCUGGAAGCACUCCAUUAUCGGAUCGUUUACUCGGUCCGCUCCAAGGCGCCGCCUAAACGAACGCUGUUCAGCACCUUCCACAAGGAGACUAAUCAUAAUGUCAAGGACAUGUUCAGCAGAUUGAACAACUCCUCCGCGACCACUGACGGAGCAAGUGAAAGUGCUGGGCCAGAAAGGCUGGACGGUGUGCCCAUGCCGAUUCGGGGGCAUGACGCAUUGUCAUGA